GAUGAUUGAGGGCUGCAGGGGUUGGGGAGAGCAGUGCCGUGGAAACAACCCCUCUUUUCCCAGGGAGGGAGUGCACAACAAGAGUUGGAGACAAAGAAAAGGGGACAGAAAAACGAGUGUCUCCGAGACAGAGUGAAAUUCGGAUUGUGUGUGCCGAGAGCCGAGGGGGCUGCGGGGCGAACUCCUUGAAGCAGAAGCUUUUUUUCUAAGCGUCCAAUAAAGCAAGUAGCAUGUACUUGACAAGGACCCAAAGGGAAAGAGAGAGGGAGAGAAGCAGCUGUUGGAGGAGGAGAGUGAGACAAAGAAGGAGCAGGGGGCUGUCCUUACAUGCUCUUCAGUGUGAGGAGGACUGUUAUGUGGGAGGAGGCAGAGGGAGAGAAAGAAGAGGGCAAGAAAAGGAAAAAGAGCAAGCAGUAUGUUUGGCGUGUGAGGAGAUAAACUGGAAGCGUGCGAGUGUUUUGCAUAGUUUGCAGGCAGACUCUUCUCCCUCUCUAUAACGUUCUCUCCGGGCUGAGGGACCAUGCAGCGGGCGUGGACACUCCCCUGGCUCGCCGCUCUCCUGCUGGGGCUGAUGGGGCUCCCGGCGCGUGGCUCGGACUUCCAGCAUCACCGCUACGAGGACAUGGUGCGGGCGAUGUUCGCCGUGCAGAGCGAGUGCCCCUACAUCACUCGCAUAUACAGCAUCGGGCGCAGCGUGGAGGGGCGCCACCUCUACGUGCUGGAGCUCAGUGAUAACCCAGGCAUCCACGAGCCAUUGGAGCCGGAGUUCAAGUACGUGGGCAACAUGCACGGCAACGAAGUGCUCGGCCGCGAGCUGCUCAUUAAGCUUGGCCAGUUCCUCUGCGAGGAGUACCGAGCUGGAAACCAGCGGAUCAUGAGGCUGAUCCAUGACACCCGCAUUCACAUCCUGCCCUCCAUGAACCCGGACGGCUACGAGGUGGCUGCCAGACAGGGUCCAGAGUUCAACGGCUACCUAGUGGGUCGGGGGAACUCCAGAGAAAUCGAUUUGAACCGGAACUUCCCGGACCUGAACGCGCUCAUGUACUACUAUGAGAAGACCAACGGACGCAACCACCACCUGCCCCUGCCAGACAACUGGGAGCAACAGGUUGAACCAGAGACGAUGGCAGUCAUAAAAUGGAUGCAGAACUACAAUUUCAUCUUGUCGGCCAAUCUCCACGGAGGAGCCGUGGUGGCUAAUUACCCCUUCGACAAGUCGAGAGAUCCCCGCAUUCGAGGGAGGACAACAUACGCGGCCACUCCGGAUGACAAAAUCUUCAGAAAGUUGGCGAGGACCUACUCGUAUGCUCACAGCUGGAUGCACAAAGGUUGGAACUGUGGAGAUUUCUUUGACGAGGGGAUCACUAACGGGGCCAGCUGGUACUCUCUGUCCAAAGGCAUGCAGGACUUCAACUACCUGUACACCAACUGUUUCGAGAUCACUCUGGAGCUGAGCUGCGAUAAGUUUCCUCCAGCUUCAGCACUGCCCAGAGAAUGGCUUGGCAACCGAGAGGCACUGGUUUCAUACCUUGAACAGGUGCAUCAUGGAAUAAAAGGCAUGGUGUACGAUGAAAACAGCAACCCUGUCGGCAACGCUGAGAUCUCAGUGGCCGGCGUCAACCACGAUGUGACCACCGGAGUGGAUGGCGACUAUUUCAGACUCCUGUUACCAGGUACCUACACUGUGACAGCGACUGCCCCAGGUUACGUCCCCUCCACCAGCACCGUCACAGUGGGACCGGCUGAGGCCAUACAGCUUCAUUUUUACUUGAAACCGGCACCAAAACAGAACCUGAAAGUGAAGCCCCACAACGGCAAGAAGAACCUCUCGUCCCACAAGUCCCCCUUAAAACUCGGCCCCAGAUGAGACAUGGACAAUAACUCAGACAACACACAAACAUUUAUAUACACACAUACUGAAAGUCCCACGUAAAAAAAAAACUACAUACACACCACACACACAUGCAAAUUAUGGAGAUGAUAAUUGACCAUGAUAUAUGUAUGUAAUUUUACCUAUCCCAUGAUUAUGUAUUUCAAACCUUUUGUGUUUCUGUUUGUGUUUAUUUGUUGAUGAAUAUAAACUGCGUGUCUGUAUUAAGGAAAUGUUGUGUAUUUAUGUAACAGUGUUGAUUUGUAUGAACACAGCUAUCCUGUAUUUGUAAAGGACUUUUUUUGAUUUUGAUUACUCUAACUUGGAUGAAAAUUGAAAGUGAAAAUAAAACGGAAUGUUUUUGCUGUCA